AGACGCGUGUGUGUGUUUUGCCCGUGUGAUAAUUUAUUUAUUUUCCCGUUCCGUUUGUUUAUGCACUAUAAUUUAAGUUAAGUUUUUUAUCACAGGCGCAGGACCAGCAAAGGCUGAACCAUGGAGCCUCCAGCUGCUGGCAAUCUGCUGGAAAUCAUGGACCUGGCCCGCACUCUACGCCAGGAGCAGCUUUUCAUUCAGCAGGAACAGGCGGCCUUUGCCCAACUCACUGGGGCCUUGGAAACCAAUGCAGGGACCAUAACCAAGUUGGCCUUUGUGUGUGCCCAACAGCGGCAGAUCCUCAAUGAGCUUCUCCUCGCGCGGACCGAUCAAGAUCCCCUACUUUCCUGCCGCAGAGCAAAUGCCUACGACAGUGCCCAGUUCGUCGACGCCAAACAGUUGCUGCCCUAUGAGCAUGCGUUGGCCUACGAGGAUCUGUUCAACUACUUGUAUAAUACACCUUAUCUGUUGGCCCUUUCUCUAGCCACCGCAGAUCGUUUGUCACUGCUCUCGGCCAGCCAACUUGGUCAAAUUAUCAAUACCAUUGCCACGGGUCUUUAUGGCAAUGCCAUUAACACCAAGGACGUCGAGCUACUUCUGAAACUGCUGAGGGAGCUGAUCGAAAUUCAAUUGUUAACUAGCGAACAACCAAGGCGUUUGCUCAGGACCAAUAGCAGCUCCUUUGCCCGACUGUACCAACGAUUAGUGGAGAGCUUGUUUUCAGCGAGGAUUUUCCUAACUGCCGCCCUUCAUGCCCCACUGAUGGGUGUACUAAGUGAGCACGAGAUUUGGCUGGAUCUGGAUCCCCACAAGCUAAUGCAGACUUUUACGCCGAAAGAGCGGGAAAAGCGCUUUGGUCGGGAGGACGAUGAGGAGUACCAGCGAAAUGUUGCUCGUUUUCAUGCGGAAACGUUGGGAAAACUGCACUCACAUGUCCAAGAGUUUGUAAAAAGCUUACAGCAGAGCUGGGUGCUAUUUCCCAGUUCUCUGAGAUGGUUACUCCAAACACUGAGUCAGCAGCUCCGACAGACGUUGCGUCACGAGGAACAAGAGAUACGCCAGCUGCUCACCGAUUUGGUAUUCACACAUUUCAUUUCACCAGCGAUUGCCAGUGCUGAUCUCCUGGGCAUUAUCGAUGUUAACGUGAGCGAGCGGAUGCGCCACAAUCUUAAUCAGAUUGUAAGAUUGCUCCAACGAUUGGCUCUGAACGAUGAGGACAGCGAACUGGUACAGCUUAUGGAGUUACUUAUGCUGGGACAAACUGGCGAAGAUGUAGUGGCCAUACUGCCGCAACAAAGUGACUUUGAGCGUUCCCAAUUGGCUAUUAACCAAAGGGAACUGGCACAGCUUGUGGAGUUCUUUCGAUUGUUAACUGCCAGAGAGGAAUAUGAUAUAUCCGCAGAGGAGAGACAGCGACUGCAGAGGAUUUUAAGCCGAAUACCCAAGCAGCAGAUACAGCAACAGAUGCCCCAGGAUGUGCCAGAUACCCGAGAAAGUCCAGAGAAAAGCAAAAAAAGCAACAAGAGUCUGAUGAGCCUGGGAAAAGCUACCAAGAAGCUAGCCAAAGGCAUGAGUUUCAGCAGUGGAAGCAGUAGUAAUCACCAUCCUGUUCCUGUUCCUGUUCCAGUUCCAGAGCCAUUGACCAAUGGCCAAGCUAACACUUCAAAUGGCAGCGGAGCAUUAGGAGCUGAUCUCGAGCAAUGUUCAUCGCACAGCGGCAGCAACACCAGCUUGAGUUCCUGCGGAGCUAACAUUCCGAUAGCAAACGAUCCCCUAGACAUGUCCUCCUGCUCGGAUCCCGUGCUGGUAUUUAGCAUCUAUAAUGCAGCUGCAAAAAGCAAACUAAAGCCUCUGACCGAAGAGGAAGUCUUAAAGAUGAAUUGCAUCGGUCAGGAUGGCAGUAAUCUGCUACCAGCUGUAGUCACCACAGCUCCGUUGGCGCCCUCUUCAAAUAACGAUGAUGUAAGCAGUCUUGAGGCCAUGAGGAGGCCGCAGGAUGACGCUUCGAUUGGGAACUCGGAUAAUCUGGAGGCUAUUAGUGAAGCAGCUCAUUCGGUGGCCAGUUCGUUGGACUUAGAGGAGCAGCAGGAGCGGGAUGUGCAUGAAAACGAGGACAACCUAUCUGAUAUGGUUUCAGCGAAUGUUUCGGGAAGGGGAACUCCAAAUAUCAGUGGCCGAGAUACACCCUCAUCGCAAGUAACAGAUGGUGAUGGUGCUGGCGGAGAUUUGGGCCACCAUCAUGGCGUUCAUGCCCGGGCUGCUGCGAAUCCCCAAAUGCAAAAGAUGCUACUAUCUAAGGCUAGAUCCGACAUAGAGGAUAAGUUUUGCAAAUUUGAGCUAAAAAAGUUCGAGGGUGACGAGAAUGUGAGCAUUAUUUCCGACACUUGGUCCACGGAUGUGCUGGCCUCAGAUUCGGAAAACACCCUGGAUGCCACCGUAAGCGAGCGUGGUGACAGGGAUAGGAAUUUCUCCACUCCCCUGAUACCUUCCGCUGUUGUCCUGCCUGGCGAUAAUAAUUUCGUUGUCGAGGCUUUGGCCAGAGCUGGCCGAGUUCCAGGAGUCCAUGGACCACAGCUGGAUGCUUCCGAUCAGAGAUCAGAGAGUAAUUGGAGCACCGAUGUCUUGGCCAGCGAUUCGGAGAAGCUGGCUGAAAUCGAUACGGAUGACAAUGUUUCCAUUACGGCCAAAUCAGAUACUGCGGCGCCACAGGCUGCGGUUCUGGACGACGAUGAUGAGGAUGAGCAGACGCCUGGUAGCAGUGGCGAUGGUGAACCCGAUCCGGAUCGGGGAAACGGAAGUGAACGAAGCCAGGAAGAUUCAGCUUUCUUUGAUGCCGUGAACUCUUAUGAGGAUGCCAAUCUUUACCAGGGCGCUUCUUCUUUGGCCAGGAGCUCGGUGCGGACCACCUACCAUGUACUUGGCGGCGAAAGUAGUUUCCAGCAGCAGUACAAGUGUAGUGGAGCAGAUUCUAGUGGCCGCAAGACCACACCGCUAAUGGGUACUUCCUGUAUGCGACGCCAAACUUCCGCGGAAAGUAGCAUUAGUAAUCAGAGCCUGAACCUCGAGGAACCGCCGCCGCCCAUGGGUAAGCAUCAUCAUCACCACAGGGAGCAUCAUCAUCGCGACCAUCAUCAUCAUCAUCGAGAAAGGGAGAGGUCAGCCCUUAAAAAGAAGAAACACCAGCAGCAGGAGAAGGAACAUCGGGAUCUCAUCGAUUUCAGCGACUGCAGCGAGGAUAAAGAAGAGCUGGCGAGGAAUAUGGACCCAGAACAGCCGCCAGGCUUGGUUCAACAACUGCUGGAUAUGUUUAACCAGGAUGAAAAUGUCGGAAAUGUUUCGAUUUCUUCACCUAGUGUAGAGCAUCGACGUAUCUCCAUCGAACAACGCUCAGCCAUAAUAGAUGGUCGGCGAAAUGGCAUUCUGGCUGGCAGUAUGCGACGCCACCAGAGCUUGAACUAUGAAAACCACGAGAUUAUGCUGAACUCCAUGUUGCCCAAAACAGAUGAUGACAAGCAGGAGAUGCUACUCUGUGUGCAGACCCAGCAAUUGCAGCUCGAGGAGCGAAGAUGCUUGAGAACUGAAGCAGAGGCAUCCGGCUUGGCAGCAGAAGCUGGAGGCUCGGGCUUAAAGCCGCCCACCAAAGCAACCGGAGCUAUACCAAAGAGCAUUAGUUUCGAUGCAAGUGCGGACAAGGAUAAGCAACCGUAUCAUCGGGACAGGGAAAGGGAUCGAGAAAGGGAUAGAGAACGUGAACGUGAUCGAGAAAGAGAUCGGGAGCGGGAUCGCGAACGAGAUCGGGACAGGGAUCGCGAUCGGGAGCGAGAUCACCACGGAGCUGGCAUUUUCAACAAACUGAAGCAGGGCAUCUUCAAGAAUCGCCGAGGAACGAGUGCCAAGAAUCCAAGCAACGCCGGUAAUCAGUCCAAUACCGCGGCCAUCACUUCUAGUGCCCAAACGGAUCUUCGCAGCGUUAGCUUUGAUCCUAGUGCCGGAUGCGAUAAUUUCGGUACCCACUACUGUGAUACGAGCGAAGAUAUCCUGGCCAAGUAUCGCCGCAAGGUCAGCAGCUCCAGCGAGGCCACAAACUCUGACUCCACUGGCAAUGGUCACGGAGGAGGGCUGGCGGGAUCUGGAGGAGCAACUGCUCAUCUGCACAAGCACAUGAACGGAGGUCAAAUCCCUGGCGUGGCUUUUGGAUGCGUGAAGCAGAAGCUCCGGACAGUACUCUCACGAACAGAUCUGCAUAGCGGUGAUUUCCGUCAGACGUCUACCACGACCACAAUGAUGGCCACACCCCUACAGAUCUACCUGCAGAUCCAGCUGGCGCAGUGCAUUAGUUUGCAGCGACUACCUCAAAUCUCGCACGUGGCCGAGGCCCUGCGUUGUUUAGCCCAAUUGGAACGACCCCAACAUGGCCAACUGUUGGCCGAACUGCAGCGGGAUCUUGAGCGACGGCAGAGCUACCUUCAGUACCUAAUGCGACACCGGCAACAGCUGUUGCUUCGGUCAGAGCAACUGGAGCAGCUGGAGGCGCGAUUGCGGAGCGAAGCGCGCAGUAGCCAAAGAUGCUUGCUGCAGGCUCUGGUCAGGAUGUAUCUAGCCUGGACCCGUCAGCAAGAGAAAUUGGAGAAAUUCCAAAGCGAGUUUGGUCAGCUGCGAGCCAGCGAUGAACGCGUAGAGUUAACCGAGGAGUUUGUGGAGUCCCUGCUGCAGGAGCUGCGCUCCAGUGCAGAUCUUCAGAACGAGUGGCAGGUAGAUGCUGCACGCGUGGCCAUCGAGAGGAUGCUACUGGAGCAAAUGUAUGAGCAGGUGAUGUUCCCCAAUGAGGAUGCCGAUGUGUCGCGCGAUGAGGUGCUUUCCGCUCACAUUGGAAAACUUCAGAGGUUCGUUCAUCCAGCUCAUCCGGCACUGUGCAUCGCUCAGGAGUAUCUCAGCGAGGCUCCGUGGACAUUCGCCCAACAGCAGCUCUGUCACAUGGCUGCUUACAAGACGCCACGCGAGAAGUUGCAAUGCAUUAUUAAUUGCAUCUCGAGUAUCAUGAGCCUGCUGCGAAUGUCCAGUGGUCGGGUGCCAGCUGCGGAUGAUCUUUUGCCUGUGCUCAUAUACGUAGUGAUAAUGGCCAAUCCCCCAUAUCUGCUGUCGACCGUGGAAUACAUCAGCUGCUUUCUGGGCAAAAAACUUGAAGGCGAAGACGAGUUCUAUUGGACGCUCUUCGGAUCCGUGGUCAAGUUCAUUAAGACCAUGGACUAUUUAGACUAACGAUAUUUGUUUAGGGCUUAGGUGGCUGUAUUUGUAGAUUUGUUUAGCGCUUUGUUAUAGGCAUUACACCUGUCCCACUUCUCCACUUGAUAUUUUCUAUAUUUAUAUGUAUUUCUGUGUCUGAUAUUUGUGUAAAAAUUUGUUAAACCAUAGGCUAAGUCCAAAACUGCGGCAGAUGAGACAUAAUCCAAGUCAAAGCUACCCGGAGCACGAAUCAAUGGGAAAUGCCAAUGCUGAAGAAGAGAUCUAGGUUUAGGUUAAAAUUGAACGCUAGAAGGCCUCGCCUUAUGGAUAUAUAUAGUGAACUAGAGAACAUAUUCUUCUAUUUAUAUAUAUACACGUACAUAGAUAUAUGCAUGUUUAUCGGAUCGGUCUAGCCACUGUCAUAAGUAUGUUUCGGAAACGAAUUGCAACUUAAUAUUCCUUAUUGUGUAACACAAAAUUAUAAACCAAUAUAAUUUUCAA